UAUACUAAAAAUUCAUAAUAUAUAACAUUAGUAGUAAAAUAAUAUGGGAGUGAGAAAAUGUGAGUACUGUGGGUCAAGUGAGAUUGAGGACUAUACUCAUCUGGGUGAGUUAAUCUGUCAAGACUGUGGAGCCGUAUUGCAGGAAAACACAAUAUUAGAGCAAGUGGAGUAUGCAGAUAACAGUUCUGGAAAUACUCAAGUCUUAGGCAGAUUUGUAUCAAAUUUAUCCUCGGGAAGACAAACCCUAUCCUACAAUAAUUGGCACAGCAGAGAACAGGUGAUAAAUCGUGGAAAUGAAAAUAUUAAGAGAAUAGCAGAGGCUUUAAAACUCUCUCCACAUCAUAUUGAUGCGGCUAAGAGGAUUUAUUUACUGGCUGUUCAAAGGAAUUUUACAAUGGGUAGAAAUAACCUCCACGUUGCUUCAUGCUGUUUAUAUACUAUUUGUCGCAGAGAAAAGACUCCUCAUCUACUAAUUGACUUCUCAGAUGUAUUAUUAACUCCUGUAAAGACUAUUGGGCAGAUUUUCAUGAAAUUAGUGAGAAUGUUGCAUAUAUCAGUCCCAAAUGUAGACCCUUCAAUAUUUUUUGAAAGAUUCGCCACUCAGUUGAAGUUGAAGGAUAUUCACAAGAUCAUCAAUACUGGUAAUAGAAUAAUCCAAGCCAUGAAUAGGGAUUGGUUGUGCACUGGUAGGAGACCCACGGGUUUGUGUGGAGCUGCUUUACUGGUUGCUGCACGUUUUCAUGGCAUUCCACUCUCUGCAGAAGCUGUUUCAUCUGUCGUUAGGAUCUCCCACCCUACUAUACUUAAGAGAUUGUCUGAAUUUAAAGUUACCAGCACUGCAAAUAUUAAAGUUUCAGAAUUUGACACUAUAGAUAUCGAUACUCUACCUAAACUGAGCCUACCACCAUGUCUGCUGAAUAAACUUGUUAAGAGGAAGAAAUAUUACGACGGUGACUCUACUGCUUCUGAAUGUGUAUCUACCAGCUCUGACUACGAGAGAAUCAGCACUGAUAAUGACAGGGUGAGCACAGGUACAGGAUCUGGCACUGACACUCCUGUGAAUGAAAUUAAUCUUGGAAUUUCCAAUGAUUUAUUAUGCAAUGAUGAACCCACUCCCAACCAAAUCAACACCAUUGCUCAAUCCAUUUUAACUUCCCUUAAUAGUAUUUCAACUCCCACUAAAUAUUCCCACACCACUCUCCAAUCUGACAGCAUUGAUACUUCCAAUGACAGCACCGUUGACAGUGUCAGCACCAUCCCUGACACUAAUUUGGACAACAGCGCCGACACUGUGGAGCUAAGCAGUGACGACGAAGACGACCUUGCGAUGUUCAAGGAGAUGAUUUUGCCCGAGGGUGAGCGGAAGAUGAAGAUGAUUUUGUGGGACGAGGUCACCAAGGACAUUAUGCCCAAGGUGUACAGAAGACAGAUGGAGCGGAAGAGGAAGGAGCAACUUGGCCAGAACGUAAAAAAGAGAAAGUACGUCAGGAGAGUUUACUCAGAGUAUCCUGAGGCUCAAGACGCCGUUGAAUCUGCUCGGAUGGCUCUUGAGCGCCACGCCAAGGGAUUCAUGAACCAUGUAAACAAGGAUGUUUUCAAAUCACUUCUUUCACAGUCUACUUAAUAUUUUAUACUAUUU